AUGAUUGAAGGGCAAGGUUGGACUUGGUGUGCGGAUGGGGGAGGGGGGUGGGAGAGGGGGUGUGAGGGGGAUGGGGAGAGGAGGAUGGGGAGAGCAGGGAGGAGGAUGGGGAGAGGAGGAUGGUUAGAGGACGAGGAGGAUGGGGAGAGGAGAGGGGGGGGGGGGGGGGGGGGGAGGGGAGGAGGAAGGGAAGGGGGGAUAGAACACUGCGAAACUCCUCAACCAGGAACGAACAUGGCACAAAAGCCCUUCCCUUCCGUCUGCCCACUGGUUGGCAACCAGUCCUCUCCAGAUUUUACCCCUACCACCCCCCCCCUCCCCCCUCCCUCCCUCCCCCCCCCCUCUCCCCCCCCUCCUCCCCCUCUCCCCCCUCCCCCCCCCUCUCCCCCCCCCCCUCUCCCCACCCCCCCUUUCCCACCCCCCUCCCAAUCCCCCCAAUCCUUCCCCCCCCUUCCCCCCCCCUCCCCUCCCCCUCUCCCCCCCCCCCCUCUCCUCCACUCCUCCCUCCUCCCCUCCCCCCCCUCUCCUCCCCACCUCCUCCCGCCCCCCCUCGCCUCCCCCCCAUCCUCCCCCCCCUCUCCCCCAACCCCCCCCCCUCCCCUCCCUCUCUCCCCUCUCUUCGUUUAA